AAUGUAUUAUUACGUAAAACUGUCAUAUCGUUUUUAAACAUAAUUUUUUUUAUAACAAAUAAGAUGUUACGAAGUGCUUUAUUACCGUGCAAGGAAGCACUAACCACAGCUAAUGUAUUAAGGAAUCUUUCUGGUGGCAGUUUUGGUAAUGUACAACUACAAAAGAGAGAUCAAUCAACUCAACCGGUACCAGCUGACAGACCGUAUUCACCACAUCAAGUUUCAAGGAGCAACUUGGCUGAAUAUGCUCUGGCACGUUUAGAUGACCUACUGAAUUGGGGUAGAAAAGGCUCCAUGUGGCCCCUUACUUUUGGGUUGGCAUGUUGUGCUGUUGAAAUGAUGCACAUUGCUGCACCAAGAUAUGAUAUGGACAGAUAUGGUGUUGUUUUCCGUGCCUCUCCACGUCAAGCCGAUGUGAUUAUAGUAGCUGGCACUCUCACAAAUAAGAUGGCCCCAGCGUUAAGAAAGGUAUAUGACCAAAUGCCUGAGCCACGUUGGGUUAUCUCCAUGGGCAGUUGUGCAAAUGGAGGUGGAUAUUACCAUUAUUCAUACUCAGUUGUAAGAGGUUGUGAUAGAAUUAUUCCUGUAGACAUUUAUGUACCAGGAUGUCCUCCAACGGCAGAGGCCCUCUUGUAUGGAGUAUUGCAACUUCAGAAAAAAGUAAAGAGGCUCAACACGUUGCAAAUGUGGUAUAGAAAGUAAAUAAUAGCAAAUCAAUAGUCAUUUAUUUCUCUAAAGUUCCCGAUUGUACAUACUGAUCCCUCGAGUUUUUGCCUAACAGUGUUAUAAUUGUUAAAAAUAGGUGUAAAAUGUAAAGUUUUAAGUCAAACAAUGUUGUUGCAAAAUCAAUGGAAAAUAAAGGAAAAUUUUGUUUAUAUUUAUUUUUUCUAUUUCUUAAACCAUUUUGCAACAGCUUUAUGUACAGUGUCACAUAAAAAAAAAUGGAAAAGACUAAAGUCUUAUGAAAUUGUAUCUCAUUUCAAAUAAAUAUGAAUAUAUAAAAAAAAACAAUUGGCUAUUGCACUUCGACGUUAUAAAUCAAACUUUUGUUUUAUUUUUAAUGGAACGCCCUGUAUAUUGUUGAUAUUUGGAAUCCUUUCCUUUUGUUAAUUACAGUGAUAUACAGUGUGUUCUGAAACUCCGGGAGGUGAUUAUAUGGAUUAAAAUAAUAGCAAU